CACAAGUGCCGAGCGUCUCCCUGCCGAGUGUUUAUAUACGGAAGAUGAAGAGCAGUCUGCCGCAACAUACGUGAUAUUUCUUUGUCAGACCCCACUUGUUUCGGCUUUUUAUAAAUAGCGCAACGGUGUUCAGUCGGUAACCCACUCUAUACGGAAUCUGAAUUAUAUUAAAAACCAGCGGAUAAACAGCCGCGCUUAUAGCUUUGGAAAGAGCUAAUUAGCUAGCUAGCUAGCUGUCCGGGUGGUUUGAAAUACAGAAUGCAUGAAAGCGCGAUCGCUACCGGGCAUAGCAGGCGCAAUAUUAUUUGUUGCAUUGUAACAUCUCACUAACAGGUCACAGAUCGCCUGUUAUAAGUAAAAGCAGCUCGGUGGAUUUAUAACUGCGAUGAGUUCUAAGCUAGCAAACUGUAGCGUUGCCGGACUGGCAAAAAUAAAUGUACCACAUUGUAUGAACUCAGCUUUUGGAGGUGGCGGUCGGAAACGGAGCGCGAUCGGCUCCCCGAACCGUCCCGACGGCGGUCUGAGCUUUGAGCUCAAGGGGGAGAAGGUGGAAUGCCAUCAGCCCCUGUUCUACGAGGCCAGCCUCUCCAUGUCCUCCCUGAAGGUCCGCCUCGGGCCGACCAUCCAAAGCACGCUGGCCGCCGCGGUGGACACGCUGCUGAGCGAGGUGGCUUUGGUGCUGAAUGACGCCCUGACUGAGACCCAGCAGGAACUAGUCACCAGGGAGCAGGAGAACGAGAGGCUGAAGCUGCGCCUGGAGGUGUCCGAAGGCGAGCUGAAAGCCCUGCAGGACUGCCUCAGCAGCGCGCAGAAGAUCAUCGAGCAGCUUCCAAUUCCACUGCCUGGCCAGGGUCCGGCCGCUGCCGUGCACCCUGCCUGCCUACCUGGCGCCCCUGCCGACAGGAGCUCCACUCAGCUUCUUGGCCAUCGGAUGCAGGAUGAUCCCAGCAUCCGCUGCCUGCCGGGCUGCGACGCAGAGAUAAGCAGAUCACUGGGCGAAGCUUUCCCCGGCUUGGACUCCGGGGAUGAGGUGAAGGUUGGCCAGCUGUCCAUUCAGGCAGAUGGGACGGUCACUACUCACCCGUUGAACAUCAGCUCUCCUACUACAUGGACAGAUGUUACCAGCACCGAUGGAUGUUCUACAGGGAAAAGACUGAAGACAGGAUUCAGCCUGGGGACAAACUUGACAGGGCAGGGGACUCCAGCGAGGUUCGUGGUCAAGCAGGAGCAAGACCAUGGGCCUGUGCAUCAGAGCCGGCCAGGUGCGGGAGACGGCCUCACGGGGGCGCCAGAGAGCGAGCAGAGCGCCCGCAAUGUAGGCGAGCUGGGACGCAUCCACGUGGUGGACGAGGUGGAUGGGUCGCACCCCGUGGCCCACUCGCUUCACCCCGAGGGGCGUCGCUUGUCUAUGGAACCCGGCCAGGGGAAGGGCGCCCCCCAGGGGGCAUCUGGGUCAGCGCAGCUUAGCGAGCGGCCUCACCUCUGCCUGGAGUGCGGCAAGACGUUCCGGCUGAUCUCCAGUCUGAAGAAGCACAUCCGCAUCCACACGGGCGAGAAGCCGUACCCGUGUGGGGUAUGCGGCCGGCGCUUCCGCGAGUCGGGCGCCCUCAAGACGCAUCAGCGCAUCCACACGGGCGAGAAGCCCUACUCCUGCUCCGAAUGCGGCACCAGCUUUCGGCACCUGGACGGGCUGCGGAAGCACCGGCGCACGCACACCGGCGAGAAGCCCUACCCGUGCAGCGUAUGCGGCAAGCGCCUCAGCCGGCUGCAGCACCUCAAACACCACCAGCGCAUCCACACCGGCGAGCGGCCCUGCCGCUGCCACCACUGCCACAAGAGCUUCACCGAGCCGGCGGCGCUGCGCAAGCACCUGCGCACGCACAGGGAGGAGCCCGGCGGCUCCCAGCCCGUCCCGGGGACCGGUCCCGGCGCCAUGGACGACUUCGGCUGCCUCCAGGCCUCCACGCUGUCGCCGCAGAUGGCGUUCGGGAUGUGGGGAGAAGACGGAGAGGAGGGGGCCGCGUUAAACUGCGUCGAGGAACGAUGAAGGCUGAAGUCUCUCUGGGGGGGGGGGGGUGCCGGUGUUUGUCUGCCAAGCCCUUGGCUGAUCACCUGAGCGAGUUUAUGUUAAACCUGAAAUGGUUUUUUUUUUGAGGCCAAGCUGCCCUUUUCCCGGAUGUUACGCCAAAUUGAAAAACGUCGGCAAGCUUACAGGUCUGUCGAUUUUAACUCUGCGUAACACAAUACGGCGGCGAUGGAUUUUAAUUACAUCACUCGGUUUGCGGCCUACGUAAUUAUAUUACUCAUUAAUUUACUGGCCGCUUAAUUGUCCGACGGAUAAAAAUAGGUGUAUGGAUCAAUAGAAUAAUGAGACUCGUUUCAUAACUAUAGCCGUACGUCGGCUUAAGAUGAUUGAGGAUUAAUCAUCAGCUAUUGCGUUUGCUUUAAUAUGAUUCUCAUUGUGUCAUUAAUUAAAUUGGCAGCUGAGGCAGCCUAAAACGAUUCUCUCUAAAGGGCUUAGUUUAGAAGAAUUGCGGCAUCGUUUCACCCAACAGGGACUGAUUUUGAGGCCGGCGUUGUUGGGCCGUUAUCCACCUGUGUUCUGGCGUUGGCUUCCUGUGAGUGAUGUGCACCCUUCGGUUUGCCGCUGAAGGAGCAGAGGCUGAUGGAGGUCGGCUUCUGUACCUUCACGUGGCCGCUGUGUCUUGGCAGAACCGCCGUCCCCGUCUGCAGUGUUACCAGUGAAUCCAGGAAACUCGCUGCCAGUGACUGUUAACACGUUUUAUACGCAUCGUUUCAGCCCUGGCUCUGCUUUUCAGCUUGUGUCGAUGUGGAAGGUUUAAUUAUUACUUUAUUAUUGUUUUAUUAUUAUCUCGUCAUCCUUCAUAAACUAUUAUGUUAUAUAGUAUGUAACGUACAAAUUAAAAUAAAAGACCUAAUCUGUAUGUCACCUGGAACUGAGGGGACCUUUAACUGUUUUCACGUUUCCUAUUUCUUAUUAGUUCCAAAUAAGUGUGUGGGGGGGGUGUUUCUACUCUGCUGUAUUUACCAUGUUUCAUUCUCUGUUUACACCCCCGCAGUGAUUUCGGUGAUGAUGAUGGUUUAGUCCAUAAGUCCGUUUGUAAGCCUCCGAGGACACAGACCAAUGCAGGACGACUUUUCAUUUUUGUCAGUCUGAUGUCAGUCUGGACGUUCUCCUGGACGUUCUCCUGGACGUUCUCCUGGACAUACUCUACUGAAGCAUUACAGCCAUCCUUUAUGUCAGUCGUUCUGUUCUAUAUCUUUGGACAUCAUUUGGGUGAAUUCAGUCCGAAAUAAAAAUGAAAACGUGUUUUGUGUUAAGUGUAAUUAAAAAAAAGGAAAUGCUGCGUAUAAGUGUGUCGAUGGCUGACAUUCAGCAGAUGGAAGGCGUCCAUUUCGUUAAGGGAAUAAAGGUCGCGCCGCAAUGCAUCCGGGUUUCGGUCUCUCGUUAGAAAAGCAGGAUGAGCUGUUUCUUCUGAACUUGUUCGGAAGGAGCAGGUUUGAAAUGGUCAUUGUUAGACUUGAAAGAUUGAGAUAUACUUAAUGUAGCAGAUGCUACUGCGCAUAGCGACAUGAAGCGCAGCUCCACUGACCUUACAACAAACGCCCAGGUACAAGUGUGAGCAGAACUGAAGCAGGAGCUACGCAACAUCUUCAAAUGGUGUCUGCGACUGAACGAAUUUGACGGGAGUGGCAGUAAAUGUCUUUGAUGGGGGUUGGGCGGAGCUUUGGGUAGACAGGCCACACCCCUGAGUGAGGCAGAAUUUUUUGAUUUUAGGACGAACGCCUCCUUUAAAAGAUAAAAUUCACAUAAACGGCGUAUUUGUUGGGUACUGUUUGGGGGGGGGGGGGGCACACUGGUCCUCGAAUACCCCCCCCCCCCCCC